UCCAGUUCUCCACAACAGUCACGCUCUCAGGUAAGUGCGAGUCAGAAGCCGCAACGGUCAAAUUUUCAUUCGGCAGCGGCGAGAUGCGGAAACGAAAGGCAAGAUCAGAAUCCUCAAAACCUCUCAACCCUCGCUCACAAGCAGCAGCGAUCGAAGAACAGAACACGGUUUCUGAUGAGGCCAAAGGCUUCUUCGCUUGUUACCUCUUGGUCUCUCUCAAUCCUCGCUUCAAAGGCCAUACCUACAUCGGAUUUACAGUGAAUCCACGACGUCGGAUUAGGCAACACAAUGGUGAAAUUGGGUGUGGAGCUUGGAGAACAAAGAGGAAAAGGCCUUGGGAGAUGGUUUUGUGUAUAUAUGGUUUCCCAACGAAUGUGUCUGCGCUGCAGUUUGAAUGGGCUUGGCAGCAUCCCGUGGAAUCACUGGCUGUAAGGAAGGCAGCUGCUACCUUUAAAUCCCUUUCAGGAAUUGCCAACAAGGUUAAACUUGCGUACACAAUGCUCACGCUUCCAUCCUGGCAGAGCUUGAAUAUGACAGUAAACUUCUUUUCAACGAAGUACACAAAACAUUCUGCUGGUUGUCCGAGUUUACCAGAGCACAUGAAGGUUCAUAUUCGCCCCAUGGAUGAACUUCCGUGUUAUACAGAAAGAAUUAAAGGUUUGUCUGAGAAUGAAGAUGAUGACACCGGUGAAGGUGGUGACACCAGUGAAGAGGAAUGCAGUGUCAUUACAAGUAAUAGUGAUUCUAUUCCAGACACAAUUAAUGGUUGUCUCACUCAUCUUUCACCGCAAGAUGAAGAAUCUGAAGCAAGAGAACCUUGUCAUUCAUUUGCUUCAUUAGACAAAAGCCAGCCAUUUGGUUCUAUCAUAUCAGAGGUUAAGAAAUCACCACCAGUAAUUUUAUCAACAAGGGAAGAGGUAAUUGAAGUAAAAGAUUUUACAAAUUUCAUGAAUAAGAGUAGUGCUGAAAUGAGUCAAGCAGAUUGCAUACAAUCAGGUACGAUAUCAGCUGCUAAUAAGAGUAAAGACUCCAGAUGUGCCUUUAACGUGCCUAGUGAAGCUGAGAUAAUAGAUUUGUCUACUCCAUCCGCUUGCCGCAGCUUUUCAGCUAGCGAGAAGAGGAUUUCUCGUGUUGGUAAUGAUUUUAUUGACUUAACAAAGUCCCCCGGCUUCAUUCAAUUAUGAGGUCUUGGGCAAUAAGAAUCUCACCAGGGUGGCGAGAAAUCUACAUGUGUUGACCGAGUUGUACAAUUAUUAUUCCCUGUUCAUAUUAGAUCAGACAGAAAACAUAAGCAGAAAGCAUUAGCUACACUGUAAUAUUUGUCUUUUCACAGUAUAUGUGGAAAAUCAUCGAAGAAUGUUCCUUUGCCUUUCCAAUUUCCUUAUGCUUUUUGUAAAAUAAGUUAUACCUUUUGA